AUGGUAACUAAUAUCAAGGACACCAAGGGAUGCCCAAAAGAAUUAACACAGCUAAACACUUUUCGGCAAUUUCCUCUUCUAUGCAAAACACAGCCAGCAUUAGCUAUUGUAGCUUAUGAAGGUAUUUUGGAAGCUAUGGAUGAGUGUAGACAACAAAUGAAGUUUGAACGUUGGGAUUGUUCUCAUUCUGGGACUAUAUUGCACGAACCUGCACUUACUAAACAUUGUAAUAUUGCUUAGGUUUUGAGUCCUAAACUUGAUUUUGUGAACUUAGGAUUUAAGCUUUGGUGGAUUUCUCAAAGGGGGAUUUUGGUUUAAUAUAGUUAGGUUGGUGUAAAUAUAAGGAUUGAUUAAGAAGGUAGGUAUGAAGGGAUUAGUGGAGAUCAUGGCGUUUUUGAAGAUUGUCUCUUGCGCCCGCCACUGGUGGAGAUCAAAAGCAAUAUCAAGUGGACUAAGAAUCGAGGGGAUUAAGAUAUAGGGAUUAAAAGUGAUAUAGGUUAUCGAUGA